AUGAGCUACCCGCGCAAACGCACGUUGCUUGCAUGCGACUUUUGUCGCCAAAGUCUGGAAUCUCCAGCGAUCCCCUCAGCAAUAUCAAGAAGGCUUGACAGUAUAGAAUCACUCCUCAAGUCCCAUUCAGAAGCAAUAGCUGCGAUUUCUCAGCAGCAGCAAGUUUUGGACGCUCUAUGCUCCACCCAGGAGAUCCUAGAUGCUCAGGCAGUGCCAACGGAUGCGAUAAUUAUCGAACCGCCAAUCCCCGAUCCAUCUCGCGUCGACAGACUCAAUUUGACAUCUCCACUUAGCAAUACACACUCUUCUCCAUCGUCGAUUGCGGGUGUCAGUCCUGAAUUUAAUACUGCUCAGGUUGAUAGAAGUGCCAACUUAUUUGCCCCCUUCACAGCCCCGCCCAAACACCAGACGUCACCAGUCUAUAGUCUACUUAAAUUACCAGUCAUCAGGUCCCUGGUGGGAGAACUCCCCGAAGAUCAUUUCUUUUCAAUCGAGUCUCGACACGUUCCUCCGGCGCCUGGCACCUGGAUAUUCUCCCAGACGGAGCUUCCACCUAUCGAGCGAGAGGUCACAGACCGGUUGGUAGAGACUUUCUUCUCCGACAUUCACCCGUGCCAUCCAAUUCUAGACCGUGAUGCAUUUUUCGCAAUGUAUGAAAAUGUCAUGUCGGACGGGCUGGGGUUGGGUUUGCAGUCGGCAUUUUGUCUUGUCGUUUUUGCGCUGGGGGCUGUUGCAUCGGAGGCCGCAGCGGUUAAUCCGCAAGAGCAAUACUGGGAGCCGGCCCUGAAAUACCUCCAACCCGCUUUAAAAAUUCUUAUGGCUGAGUCUGUCUUUUCAUUUGGGACCGACUUGCAGUUCGUUCAGGCGUUGAUAUUCGGCGGGAUUUGUUUUGCAUACAUGGCAAAGCCGUUGCAUAGCUGGAAGCUCAUUCACAUGGCUUCUACGGAUGUGCAGCUGCUGCUGUCGAGUGAUUAUCUUACCGAGCUGAAGCUUCCACCAAGUGGAAUCGAAACGCUGGUCGAUGACAUGGCACUUCCUAAAGCUGGCAAUCCCAGCGAUCGAGAAGGGCUAAGCUAUCUGGCAGAGAUAUCUAUGAGAAGCCUCCUGAACCGAGUGCUGAGUUCUCUCCCCAACGAGUUCGAAAGCGGCCAGUUAAGUGAGGAGUUUGAAGUAACCGGGGCUAUCACGGUCGCGUCAGAGCUUGAUCAGCAGCUCUUACUGUGGUACGAUUCCGUCCCGGAAUUGAUCAAACCAACGCUGGGUGUGGGGCCGACUGCCGACGGCCGCGAGAGGAUUCUGAGGAUCCGCUACUAUCAAGCAAGAUAUAUCAUCCAUCGCCAAUUCGUGGUGUAUUCCGCUUCACUGCCGGAAGACAGAGAACCAUCCCCGAAAGUCCUGGCGGAGGCGCAGGUGUGUAUCGAGAGCUGCAGGCUCUAUUUGCAGAAUACUGGCGAGAUUUUGAAGAAGCCGUCACAGUAUACCUGGACACUGGCACAGUCGUCACUUGACGCCGCCCUGGUCUUGACUACUGCCUCACUUUCACGGCAUUUAAAAAAUCUAGUUCCAGAUAUCCUUCCGCUGCAGCAGCUGCUCAUUGAUAACAUUGCAAGAUGGGUGGCGCCGGAAUCUAGCUUUGAGUCUAUCUUAUGCAUUCUUGGUGAUAUAGUCGGGAAGCAGCAGUUCCAUUGA